GAAAAAAGUGGUCUGUUCAUGUCAAUCAGCAAGAUAUCAAAUUGUGCACAUCCCUACUGUGUGUAUGUUUCAACAAGAAAAUUAUCAAAGCACUCUCAUCAUAAGCAUGGUUGAGUAAAGAGAAAGAAAACACCAUAUGUGCGAUGCGUGAUGGUGGUAGCAGCCCAUUGUUUCCAACAAUGCCGAUCGUUAAGUCAGUUGGCACGCACAGUCAUGACGAAAUUGAGCAAAAAAUACCAGUACAUUUUAUGCGAAAAAAUUUGUUUCUAUACACCACCAAAACUUGUAACACAAAAGCAUCAAAAUGAGGAAACUUUUGUUGUUAAGUUUUCUCUUCGUUUUAUGCUUCGUAGUGGACUCAAAGCCUGUGGAAGAGCCAGAGCUACCACAUAGCCGCGAGUUUUAUGCUGGAUACAUCAAAGCUAUCACUGAUAACUUUGACCAGUUAUUUGAAACUGAACGUGAAACCAGAAGCACUAAAGAUGAAGAUAUAAAAGAGGUUUCAACAACAAUAUCUCAAAAACGAGACAUUGUUACCGAUGAAAACAACGAUGAGUCGAGCGUGACGGACUCAGAAAGCGGUGACGGUAGCGGCGCCGAGGAUGACGCGUCAGGUGAUUCUGAAGAUUCACAAUCAGAAAGUGCUAACGCAAAUCAGGAUGAUGGUGGUGAUGCAGAUGAUGAAAAUCGAAAUGCCAAGGAAGAAGUAAAAGCAGACGAGGAUAGACAAGAAAAAAUAUCUGAAGCUUCUGCUGGUGACCCGACUAACAAAUCGAAAAAAAACAAAAAAAGUAAAAAGAAGAAGGAAAAAACACGUACGUUUAUUCCAGAAGAUGAAGGAGAUGGAAUGUCUUUUAGAAGGUCUGACGAAGAAUCACCGUUUUAUAGCUCUGCAACUGGUGGACAAAAUGACGAGGAUAUUAGAGCAUCUGCCAUUGAUAUGCAACGAGCUUCUAGAGACCAGUCGCCAGAAGAUUUAGCGCGACUUUCUCAUUCUACAUUGACCUUUCUGCCUACUAACGUUAGAAAUUAUAAAUCAACACCAUUUGUUGCAAGAUUGUUCCAUUACAAUCCAAGUCCUAUUCCUUUCGGUGACUAUCCGCGGCUACCAAAUCCUGAAGAAACCGCUGCUCCUUUCAGCCGUCAGUAUGGUAGUUUUAAUGCUCCCCGUCAUUCCCAUGGUCCAAUUCCUUUUGCUUUUCCAUACCGAUCAGCUUAUAUGUUGCCAUAUCAGCAAAGAGGCUUGAUCACACCAGUACGAGGAGUUGUUAGAAAUCUUAUUGCUCAAAAAGAUGCUGUUGCCAACCCUGCUCCAGCUCCUGCUGCCGAUGCUAAACCUGAAGCCAAUCCAGCUCCAGCUGCUAACCCAGCUCCGGUUCCUGCUGCCAACCCAGCUCCAGCAGCCGAUGCGAAGGCAGCAGCCAAUCCAGCUCCACAACCUGUUGCAGAACCUGAUGGUAAUAACUGCUGUAACAAUGGUGGUACCGGCAAUAAUCAAUGCUGCUGCUGUUGUUGUCAACCAUGUUGCUGUCAUUGCUGCUGUCAGCCAUGUUGUUGUUGUCAUCAUCAUCACCACCACUGUUGUCACCACUGCUGUCAUCAUUGCUGUCACCACUGUUGUCCUUGUUGUCAUGAUUGUUGUCAUGACUGCUGUCAUGACUGCUGUCACUGCUGUCAACCUGAACAUCACGUAACACAUCAUCACCAUACCUUACACGACUAUACUCACCACUAUCAUCACCACAAAAUUUGUCAUCACGAGCACAAAAUAACACCUGAACACACCUACCAUCAUGUGUGUCAUGACCACGAGCAUCACCACCCACAAGAAUACCGCCACGUGCACCACCACACACCAGUUCAAGUAUGCCAGCACCAUCAUCAUCAGCAUCAAUGUUGCUGUUGCCACGACUGCUGUGGAGGCUCUGGUGGCUAUGGCGGUGGUUAUGGCGGUGGUUAUGGAGGUGGUUAUGGCGGUGGUUAUGGAGGUGGUUAUGGAGGUGGAUAUUAGAGUUUCGCAGUAGAGAAUAAACGUUAUAAUACUGCUAAAAUCUUGUUCAACUUUUUGAUAUAUAUAAUAAGUGUGUUGAUAACCACAGGCCUGAAUAGCUGAGUUUAUUAUUGCAAUUUUUCAGACUUUUCUUUUUGUUCAGCCUUAACCAUCCUCAUGCGGUCCCUCUUAUCAAACAAAACAACAAAUUAGUAUACUUUGUUUUGACAAUAGCGCAUAGAAUUUGGAGAUAUCGACCGAUACCAAUCAACUUACUAAAUGUAUUGAGUUCUCCCCGCAACAAUUAAUCACUUUUAAAUUCUGUUUUUACUUUUUUAUCAAGUUAAUUGUAUUGUAUUGAUUAUGUUGACGAUGUCUGUUUUUUAUGACUGAUAUACAAAGGUUAAGAGAUAGAUAAUUAAAAUGUAUUUGCUGAAAGAA